AUGCGUCCAAGCUUCGUCCUCGCGCUGUUGGUGGCCUUCGUAGUGGCAUGCGUUAGCGUCACUGCGAGAGCGAACGCCGCUGUCCAGCCGAAGCUCACGAUCGAGAUAGCGAGCAGUAUGUCGACACGCCGGUAUCUGAAGGGAAGGCAGGGAGGGACUGUUAAUGACGAUGAAGAGAGACUGUUCACGGGUGCUAUUCAGAAAAUGCCGGGUUUUAACAAAAUCAAGGCUGCCUUUCAGAAUAACCCAAGUUUUGCCAAGAAUUUGGAGAAGUUUCGUAUGAAACGCCAGCGUCUCGAUGAAUUUUUCAAGGAGAAUCCAGUUAUUAAGAAGGAAAUCAUCGUCGCUUCCGUGCUUUUGACACUGAUUUUCAGUGUGCCGAUUGUAGUCAAUGCAUUUUAUCCGGCGUAG